UUGCCUUGGCGCUGCUCCCUCUCCUUCUUCUUCACCACCUCUCCUCUCUCUCUCCCUCUUCUCUCUUUCUGUAGACUAGAAACCGAACUUUUCAGUUUUUUCGUUUGUUCUUUGAGAGGGAAAGUUAGAGAGAGAAAAUGCUGAGGCUGACAAGUUAGUUUGGAGUCUUUCUUCAAAACUGUAUUUUCUAUUUUUGCUUAUAUUUUAUUUUUGUUUUCGUAUUGGAGAAAAUCCAAGGCUUAAGCAUUGAAGUUUCUGGAUUUCGGAAGUGCGAAGAGGAGAUUUGGUGUCAGGAAAUAUAAGACGGGAAAUUCUUUCAUCUUCUCUGAAUUACCUGGGGGUUUCCAGUUUGGUGCUUGACCAUGGGAAACAAUGAAGAUGUGAAGUCUUCGAAGUCUGAUAAAUCAUCUUCACCUGCACCACCGGAUCAGGGCAAUAUUCGUGUGUAUCAUUGGGCAGCUAUGCAGGCGUAUUAUGGCCCCAGAGUUGGAUUACCAUAUUACAACUCUACUGUGGCAUCUGGACCCUCUCACCCCUAUAUGUGGGGUCCACCACAGCCUAUGAUGCCACCUUAUGGAGCACCUUAUGCUGCAAUUUACUCUCCGGGAGGAGUUUAUGCACAUCCUGCAGUUCCUCUGGCUGUACUCCCUUUGAGCACAGAAGCACCAACAAAAUCAUCAGGAAACUCAGAGCGAGGUUUAAUGAAGAAACUGAAAGGAUUUGAUGGUCUUGCAAUGUCUAUAGGUAAUGGUAAUGCUGAGAGUGCUGAUGAUGGGGCUGAACAUAGGCUCUCUCAGAGUGAGGCUGAAGGUUCAACUGACGGGAGUUAUGGGAAUACUUCUAAGGAAGAUCAAUGUAGGAGGAAAAGAAGCCGAGACGGGAUGCCUAUCAUUGGUGGAGAUGGGAAAACUGAGACCCGGCCAAAUCCUGUUCCUGGUGGGGAUGUGAAUGCAGCUCCUAAUGUGGUGUUGGGCACAACUGUUGCUGCUGAUGGUGUUCCAGGAAAACCUGGUGGCCCUGUACUUUCUCCUGGCAUGACAACAUUGGAGCUUAAAAACCCUACUAGCAUGAAUGCUAAGACGAGUCCAACUAGUGUUCCACAACAAUGUGCAGUUUUGCCUACUGAAGGCUGGUUGCAGAAUGAACGGGAGCUCAAACGGGAGAGGAGAAAACAGUCUAAUCGAGAAUCUGCUAGAAGGUCUAGGUUGAGGAAGCAGGCUGAGGCUGAAGAACUGGCACGUAAAGUUGAUUCAUUGAAUGUUGAGAAUAUGACACUCAAAUCUGAAAUGAAUCAAUUAACUGAGAAGUCAGAGAAACUAAGGCUAGAAAAUGCAAAAUUAAUGGAGAAACUGAAGAAUGCGCAUGCUCAAGAGAUUAUUUUGAACAACAUUGACGAGAAGAGGGUCACACCUAUUAGUACUGAGAACCUGCUGUCUAGAGUUAACAAUUCAGGUUCUGUGGAUAGAAACGUUGGGGAAGAAGGUCACCUGUUUGAGAAAAACUCAAACUCUGGGGCAAAGCUACAUCAACUCCUGGAUAAAAGUCCGAGGGCUGAUGCUGUGGCUGCUGGCUGAUUAAGGAAUCAGCUUAUUUGCUAACAGUGGGCAGAUGCAGAGAUUAAAUAGCUGAAUAGGAUUGGUAUGGGUCCUGGAGUUUUUACAUAUUAAGUUAGUUUAUCUCAUGGCAAACCUGAUGUGUUUUAGUAAAAUCAGAGUGCUAGUGCUAAUGGGCCCAAGGUUAAGUUAGUGUACAUUCAAGAGAAAAUAGAAAUUGAUGAGUUUAGGAAAGGUGUUGGAACUUAUAAGCUGUAUUUUGGUUUGAUGUGAAGCUAUUAACAAACUACUGAUAUCAAUGGCAAUUACGUGAUUUAUAAAGAUGUUUUUAUGUA